CUCUUAUCGUGCAAACUUGUGUAACCUAGCAACGAUGAAGCAGGAAAUCUCACUUUUUUCCCCCGUAUGAUGUGCAGCUCCGCAUCAGCACUAUGCGGAGCGGUUGUGCGGUAGGCAAUACAGCGCGCUUCUGCGUGCAGCGAACCACACUCGGCGAAAGGAGAACAUCUUUUUUUUUUCUAUGAUCUCUCGACAUUAAUCUCAUCCGUGUGGCAGCGCAGUUUUUUCUUGAAAUAAAUGAAGAACGUUGUGUAAAAACACACAGGUAAUUACUAUAGCGCUAGUUUAGCAAAAUUAGGACACCCGGUGGUCUCAGUACUAUCCGACUGGUGGCAGUGGUAUGGUGUACUGUGGUGCAGCCGACAUCGGCGGUUGCGACCCGCGCGUUUGAAACGCGUGGUUAAUGUGUAGCUGUGUGAGAUGUGUGUUGCUGGAAAUAUAAUCGUGACGGGGUGCGACGACCUAUUCAGCGUGUGCAGGAAAGCAGUCGUGGUAACGAUGUAUGUUGUGGGUGACGCUUCACUCCUUAAGGCUGCAGGGAAAGGCCAUACAGUGAAAGUGGCAGUGGAAGGCAACAUUGGUUCUGGCAAGACAACUUUCCUUGAAGGUUGCCAACAGUUUGUUGACACAACGGUACUGAUUGAACCAGUGACCAUAUGGAGAGAUUUACAAGGACAAAAUCUGCUGGAGCUGAUGUACAAGGAGCCGAAGCGAUGGAGCCUUGCAUUCCAGACCUAUGUUCAGCUGACAAUGAUGCAGUUGCACUUGGCACCUGUGCAGACUCCAGUAAAACUUAUGGAGCGGUCAUUGCACAGUGCACGUUAUGUCUUUAUCGAGAACUUGUACCGCAGUGGCCACAUGACAUCUCUGGAGUUGAGCAUCCUGGACCAGUGGUUCGGCUGGAUCAAUGAAAAUGUUGCUGUUGGAUUGGAUAUGAUAAUCUACUUGAGAACAAGGCCAGAAGUUGCAAUGGCCAGGAUCCAGAAACGAAAACGCCCUGAGGAGGACCAACUUCCUUUUGAUUGGCUUUGUCAAGUUCAUAACCUUCAUGAAGAUUGGCUACUUGGUCGCUCAAAGUUUCCACUUCCACCUAAGGUCUUGGUGAUAGACGCUAACCAGGACUCCAUUGACAUCCAGCAAGAGUUUGCACAGAACUUGCCCGACAUUCUGGGCCAGCGCCACUUAUGUCAUGCCCCGUCAACUCAACACCCUGUGUGACGUACCGCAUUCAUUGAUUUCAGGGGCCCUAUAAUGCAAAACUAGUCCAAUCUGUUUUUAUUCCCAAUCUGCCAUUAGCCCUCCCUGAUAGGUCAGAAUUGUUCGGGUCGAGCCCAUAUGGGUGGGUAUCACGCCUAUAUGGGCAGAGCCCGAGCCAUUUUGACCUAUUAUGGAGGGCUAAAGGCAAAUUUGAAAUAAAAAUAGAUUGUAAUAGUUUUAUGUUAUACUGACCCAGGUUAGCCAAGUUACCCAGGCAGGUUUAGUCUGGCAUCUGCUGUUAUGUUGCAUUUUGUGCUGUGUGUUUGUUUGUUAGGAUGAUCAAGGUGGGCAAAUGCAUGUCAAAAUUAUGUUGUAGAUAGAACACAACAAAGUUUAAUUUGGUAGCCAGCAUAUGAUGGCUUGUGUUACCAACUUAAUUCUGCAAGCAGCAGUGUACUUCCCCCAUUCCUACUUUGUGGUAUGUUGCUGUAUACUGUGACAGGAGAGCAUAACAAUACAUGGUCCAUUAGUUUUCUGCUCAUCAUUAAUUUGGAAGUAUUUCUUGCAGCACUAUUUAAAAUUGUGCUGUAAAACAGUGUUUCAUGCCACAUAAAUAUCAUCACAGAGCAGGGGCUUUGUACUGAAUUAUGACUCACUGCAUACUAUGACAUCUGAGCCUUGUGCCUCACUGCACAAGGCUCAGAUGUCAUGCCACCGUGUUACUGUGUUGUGUUACUGGGUUCAGUCUAGUGUAACUUGUGUAAGUAUAUACCUAUUCCCUCUCCAUUCAGCAUUCUUAGCAUCAAAGGAGGAAAAAAAAAAAUGUUCUCAUAAUAUGUAUAAGCAGACUUGCCUGAAGUCGACCUCUCCUUCUUCACACCAUGGAUUUUGAUAAGGGGAAGUGGCUUAUACUUAUUUUAGUGUAAUACAGUACCAGCACCUAAUCCUUAUAGAGUUGCUUUUAGAUAAUUUGAUUUGAAAUUCUGACUGCAGGUGCAAUUUCUUUUGGCAGUAUAUGUACACACAAAGCUAAUCUUUUAUGCCUUGUUCUGCAAUCAUUCACUACCUAGUCUAAAUUCACUAAGGUAAUGCUUUGUGCUUUAUUCCAUGGCUAUUAAAUGCCACUAUUUCUUAGUACAAGGUUUGCUGUUGUUGAUGCAUCACCUAACUUGUGCAUCUAGGUAAGGCAAGAACAUUUAGAGCGGAAAGUGAGUCAGAUGUGUUGGUACUGCAAGUUUUGUUUAGUGUAUAUAUAGUGUAUCGUUAUACCUGCAUUAACUGAAAGGCUGGAACGCUUUGAAUGGUCCUGUGUGAGAUUAUAGCAUAAUGUUUUCCUUAGAUACGCUCCUGCAGUGUAUAUAGUUCAGCUAUGUUGUAGAAGAAUUUGGGAGUUGUUUAUGGCGCUAUACAGAAAAAAUGUCAAAACAGCAACUAAUGUGAACCAUUAAUCAAAUUCAAAGUUGUAUGUGUGUACUAGAAUGACAGCUAUAUUGGUUGCAAUUACACUUGCUUUCAAAAAUGUGCUGCCUUCAUUGUGGCUGACAUUAAAGGAGGUGUUAACAUCCUUUACAAAA